GGAAAGAGUGCAUCCGAGUCCCAUGCUUAGUGGCAGCAGUACAGUAGACCCGGUAGAUUUUAUGGAAAGCCCUUAAUAACUGGGGUUUGAUACCACUUUUUAUGGAGAGAAAACUGGUAUACUUGUGAAUGGCUCUGUCCUUUAAAAAAAAAUGGAAUGACUAUAAAAUAAAACAUAUCAGUUUUCUUUCUACCGUGGGCGCUGCAGUUGUCGUUGAAAUACACUGUGUAUCGAUAUUCAGUUAAUAGGCGUAUACAUGUUCUCUGCAUGCUAUUCCAAAACCAACGGUAUGUUUCAAAAAACGUCUUUCACAACCCUGAUCGUCGGGGUUUUCGUGGUGUAUGUGCUGCACACUUGCUGGGUGAUGUAUGGAAUCGUUUACACCAAACCUUGUGAAAAAAUUCAAAACGAAAACUGUAUUACGUCUUAUCUGGCAGAGAAACCCCGACUACAGCUCAGCAUUUACACAUCUUUAAAGCCUACUGGUGAUGGCAACCAAAACCUCAUCUUUAGCAUGGAAGACUUUGAGGUAUUCUCUAAGUUUGAGAGGAAAAUAAAUGUUUCCAUUCCGAAGAAGACUAGGAACAAUGGGACCUUGUACGCAUUUGUGUUCGUCCACAAAGCUGGGGUUUCUCCUUGGCAUGAUAGCAAGCAGGUCCAUCACAUCGCUCAGCUGACCACGUACAUGGUGCCCAAACCCCAAGAGAUCAACCUCAUCAUUGGGGAGGACACCUCACAGCAGUCAGAACCACAAAAAAAGACUAACGGCUUGCAAGAUAGGCCAGUUUCGCACUGGAGGUCUCGGCUCACUCUUAACGUAUUGUCAGAGGACUUCGCCUUCGACAGAGAAGCUCUUCCAAGUGAUGUGCAUCGCUACAUGAGAGUAAUUCAGUAUGGAAAGAGAAUGUUGUAUCUUCCCAUAUUGUUUAUUGAUGAACUGAGCAAUCGGGUGAAGGAUUUAAUGGUCAUAAACAGUUCAACAACUGAGCUGCCACUCACAAUUUCCUAUGAUACGAUUUCCCUUGGAAAACUUCGUUUCUGGAUUCACAUGCAGGAUGCUGUUUACUCCUUACAGCAGUUUGGCUUCACAGAAAAGGAUGCAGAUGAAAUUAAAGGAAUCUUUGUGGACACCAACUUGUACUUCUUAGCUCUGACCUUUUUUGUGGCAGCAUUUCAUAUGCAGAUGUUUACAUGGUGUUCCUGUAGUCAUUUUUUCUGUUUUUUAUGUCAAGUGUUAUGGAGGUGUUUCAGCACUAUUGUCAUCUUCCUGUACUUGUUGGAUGAGCAAACGAGUUUGUUAGUUCUUAUACCGGCUGGGAUUGGCUCUAUUAUAGAGAUCUGGAAAGUAAAGAAAGCAUUUAAAAUACACGUCCUGUGGAAAGGCUUAAAACCAACAUUCCAGUUUGGGAAAUCCGAUGAAUCAGAGCGAAAGACUGAGGAAUAUGACACCCAGGCAAUGAAAUAUUUAUCCUACUUGCUGUAUCCUUUGUGUAUUGGAGGAGCUGUUUACUCUUUGAUCUAUGUGAAAUAUAAAAGUUGGUACUCAUGGCUGAUCAACAGUCUUGUCAAUGGGGUUUAUGCAUUUGGAUUCCUGUUCAUGCUACCUCAACUUUUUGUAAAUUAUAAGUUAAAAUCGGUGGCACAUUUGCCAUGGAAGGCAUUCAUGUACAAAGCAUUCAACACCUUCAUUGACGAUGUGUUUGCUUUCAUUAUUACCAUGCCAACAUCCCACCGGCUUGCCUGCUUCAGAGACGAUGUGGUAUUCCUUAUCUAUCUUUAUCAAAGAUGGCUUUACCCUGUGGAUAAAAGUCGAAUCAAUGAAUACGGUGUCUCUUAUGAUGAAAAACCUAAAGGAAAGCCACAUAAAGACUAAACAUUCUCUGAAAAUUGGGUUGAACUCCCUGGCCUUGAUGCCUCACAUGUAUAUGCAAUGGUAGAACGUGUUUCUAAAUCAAAGUGCAGGUUAACUACUGCAGUGUUGCUGACAUUUCCAGUAAUGUGCCUGUUGGGAAGGAUGGGGCUGCAUCCCAUAAUGCACGUGUUUCUCUAACUAGUGGCCUACCUGUAACUCAAGAGAUGCUAUCGAUAGCCAAAGCCUAUAGAGAAGCAUGAAGUUAAUCCUGCCUGCUCAUCUCCCCCUAGCAUGAGGUGCAUUAGGCAAGCUUCUAUAGACCUUUCAGGGAUAUUAAAUUCACUCGAUCUGGAAAAUCAUAAAGGUUAAUAUACAGCAGCAGGUAUUGCACAAAAAAGAAACAUAUUCUACUCAUUCUUUACCUUUUCACUUCACAUAGUAUUUGAAAUUAAUUGGUGCCAAAACCUUCGUAAAGAAUAUUUUUGUUUGGGUGGGAAAAAUUAAAGGUCAGAUUGCUACCCAAUUGAAAUGCUUCAGGAAUAAAUACUUUAUUUUCCAUUAUUUUAUUGUGUACAAAACAGGAAAACUGUUUCAAGACCAAAAAAAAAACCACAACAAUUGCUACUUAUUUAUGUUAGUAAAACAAUCAAGGCAACAUGUUUGUUUACCAUUCUGGACAUGAAGUUAGAUGGAGAUGCAUUUUAACAUUUAACAGUGUUUCAGAUCUCUGUUCUAGAAUAUUGUAUUUUGGAAGGCUGGUAAGGGAACAAUGUUUUUUUCUUUUGGGUAGCAAUUGUUUAUCUUUAUAGGAUCUUUUUUCAUUUUUCAUUUUAAAUUGAUCUUAAUAAUACAUUUUUUAAGUUCUCACCAUUACCAAUAGUUAAUUACCACAAUGUUGUAACAGUACUUAUUUCACCACGUGGGCUACUAUUAAAAAAGAUCCAAUGACGUGAAUGAUAAUUGAUGUCUGGUCAUGUCUGGGAACAGAUUGUGCUGCACUGGACCUGACUUGAAUAAUUUCAAGAUGUAUCUAUGAUUCAUAUCAAUUUUUUGCUUGUCAUUUUUUCUCUAUUGUCCUUUUCAUUAAAAAAAUGAAAUUUGCUUUAAA